AUGUCAUUGCAGCCCGAUUUUCUUGAACAACGGUCCCUGUUAGAAGAAGCUGUAAUUAAUGCAAGGCACAUUUUUGAAUGCUAUCCAAAGUUUCAUUGCGAGUGUAACUUUAUCAAACGAUAUUGGGGUUUUACGAAACAAGAAGCAAGAAGAUUAUGUAAUUAUAAUUAUAAGGAUUUAGUAAAUUUUGUUCCGGAAGUUCUUAAGAGUGUUGCUGUAACCACUAUUCGCAAAUUUUCCUAUAAAUCAUGGAGAUAUAUGGAUGCAUAUGAUAAAGGGCUAAAAGGUGUAGCUGCUGAGUAG